AUUACGCGUAGAAUUCAAAAAUGCAUUCAAAUACAGGAAGUUCUAUUUUAAAAAAUGGUCCAUUUUGGCACCCUUUUUUGUGUGCGUACCCUGUAUAAUUCCAAAUAUUUUUAAAAUGUAGAGAAUAUUCAACCAUAUCAUAAUACAAAAGCACUCUAUCGAGAAAUCUUAUCUUCAAGAAAUUAAGUAACUCCGCGUAAUCGUUGACUCACCCUGUACAUGGAGCAGUAACUGUAGUAAUAAUAAUAAUAUUAUUAUCUAUACGAACGCCGUACAGACGAACGCUAAUCGUUACUUGAUUUUAAUCCGUGCGAUUAGUUAACCAGGCUAGCCUGAGUUCUCACAAGAAACACCGACCAUAAUAAUAAUUUAAUCCUUUUUGAAUUUUUUUUAUAGGAUUAGUCAGGUUUUUCAAAUUAUAAAAAAAUAUCACACUUUGAAAAUGGAAUGUAAAGAUUUUUAGAAGUUCUCAUUGUGCUUUGAGUUCCUGUUCUAUACUUCUCCAUUGUAAGUGUACACAAAUUUCAAAAAUAUACAAACAAGGCAAUGUUACAACAUUUAGGCUUCUGAAAUACCUUCUGCGGGUCGGGUAGUCAACGAGAGACACCAGUAAUGUCUCUUAUCAAUUUCUUUUCAUAGAAGUUCUCAUCAUCAUCUUGUAUCUUCCACUUCAUUAUUACGUAAACUUUUCUCCCUUCCUUCAGGUCGUUCAUCAUCUUCACCUUUCUCCUUCUUCUGCUCCUUCUUCCAGCCACAGUUCCUCCCAUCUUAACAAACAAUUGUGUCUCAACACGUGACCAAAUCAAUUUCUAUUUCUUUUGUUAAUGGUGCCGAUGAUUGAUCUCCUCUCUGUUUUUCCAAUCGAUCUUCAAAAUCCUUCCCCACACUAUUUCCAAGGCUUCUAUUUUUUCGUCCUUCAUUACUGUCCAUUGUAACGGAUGUUAUCAGAUUUGAUUAAUUUUUUUCGAUGUGGUAUGGGAUCCUAAAAUACGCGGUUCUGACUAUUUAAGUGCGUUUGAAAGCUUACGGCGCCGGUGAGUCGUGGGAAGUGGCAUGAUUAGUUUGGAUUACAGACGGGGAGCUACAAAAACACGAGGCCAUUACUACGAAUAUAGAUUAUGAAGUUCUUGCAUAGUCAGCCAACUAACAAUAUAUGGCGAGGACUCGCCAACUCCACUGUCAGACGAUCCUCAAAGCUUUACAAGUUGUCCACAUUAUGCGCAGCCGGUGGAGGAGCCCUAGCGAUAUCCUCCACAGAAGCUCCAACUGCAAGGGAUCAAAUACCAGUCGUCAGCGGCCUUUUGAGAUUCUUACGCUCGAUGAAAAUAGGUUUGAUCAUCUCGUUUGAUUACACAUUUUCACAACUAGGCCUAAAUGAAGCGAUGCCCAACUAUAACGUAAUGAUGGGACGAAUACAUCAAAGAGCCGCAGACCGUUUGCUAAACGGCUGCCUAAUUAACGGCGGAAGUUACAUCAAACUUGGCCAAGGAUUAGUCUGCAUGAACCAUAUUUUACCCCCUCAGUAUACAGAGACGUUAAAGCAGUUGCAAGACAAAUGUCUAAAGCGCAAACCCGACGAGGUGCGCGUUUUGUUUUUGGAAGACUUCAAGAAAACACCUGACGAUAUGUUCAGGGAGUUUGAUCACGAGCCUAUCGCAGCUGCCAGUUUAGCUCAGGUUUUCAAAGCCACGACUAAGGAUAAUAAGAAAGUGGCCGUAAAAGUGCAAUACAUCGACUUGCAAAAACGUUUCGACGGCGAUAUUGCUACCAUCGAGUUUAUAAUGAACAUUAUUGGACUUUUACAUUCCGAUUUUAAUUUUAAGUGGGUGGUUGACGAUUUAAAAGACUCUUUACGGCAAGAAUUAGAUUUUAUAAAUGAGGGCCGCAAUUCGGAAAAGUGCGCCAGAGAUCUAAGUCACUUAAGGUACGUCCACGUUCCAAAAGUUUACUGGGACCUGUGCAGUUCGAGGGUUCUUGUUGCAGAAUACAUCGAAGGUUACAAAAUCUCCGAAGUUAAAAAAUUGAUCAGUAACGGUUUUGAUUUGGCGGACAUUAAUAAAAAAUUAUUUGAAGCGUUCGGUGAGCAGAUUUUCCAAACUGGUUUUGUUCACGCUGAUCCACAUUCUGGGAACGUGAUUAUUCGUAAGAAUGGUAAAGACGCUCAGCUUGUGCUUUUGGAUCAUGGAUUGUACGAGACGAUUAGUGAAAGGGAUCGAACGUCGUUAAGUUGUAUGUGGAAAGCUAUUGUGUUACAAGAUCAUGAUCAAAUGAGGAAGUAUUCUAAAGAAUUAGGCGUUGAUGAUUAUGUAAUGUUUGCUGAAAUACUCACGCAAACGCCACUAAAGCGGACAAAUUUUAAAUUAACAACAAGAGUAACCGAAGAGGACGUUAGUUACAUGAAAGAAUUCGCUGCAAAACGAUUUGAUAUGGUGAUGUCAGUAUUGAAGCAUAUACCACCUUCUCUUCUUUUGGUGCUUAGAAACCUUAAUACUAUACGAAGUAUUGCUCAGGAACAUGGAAAUCCAAUUGACCGAUACGAGAUACUUGCUCGAUGUGCAACUAGGCGUGCAUUUGCAAGUUCGCAUAGUGUCCUUUCAAAAAUUUACAACAUUCCAACAAUGGUGUAUUUUGAAAUUAAAUUAUUGAAGAAUAAAAUAGAUCGAUGGAUUUAUGCAAUGUUCCUAAGAAUCUUGCGUGCACUAGGAAGGGCAGCAGAUACAAGCGCUAUAGAAAAGAUGUUUUAAAUAAAUAAUUUUGUUAUAUGUAUUUGUAAAUAUAGGUAGUACAAGUAUGUAAACAAUGGUAGUACUUUAGAUGUUAGUUAAAGUUUUACUGUAAACAAUCAAUGUGACAUAAUUAAUUAGUAAUGGAGAAUUCUUAAAAUAUUCAAAAAAAAAUAUGUUUUUACUUAGGCUUUGUAGGACCCCUCACUUUUUUCACAGAAAUACACGUAUUGAAGCACCAGGAUUCUGAAUCGCACAAAUCUUGAGGAUGUCGGUCGUCUGUCUGUACUUUCAUUUCCGGCUAAAGGUUGAACCAAACUUUGUACACAUAUUCGGAAAGUGCUGUAACGCUUUUGGACAGAAUCGCGCGCAUGCGCAGGUGUAGGGAUGGUAUCUGUGCCAGUCACAGGCCACAGCUAAUUGGUUAAUAUGCCAUUUCCAAAUGGAUCUACGUGGUGAGAAAGAAUGAAACAAUGGUGGAAACGCAGUAAAUGUCUUGUAAAUUUAA